AUGCGUGACUGCCCCCACCCCUGCGCAUGCCCAGAGCCGGGAGACAAACUUCUCCGGCUCCGGGAGAGACUCCAACGGCCCCGCACGAGCCAGGCAGAACCGCAGGGCCCCGCGCGCGUUCACGACACGACCCGACCCGACUCGUCCUCCCGCCGCUCAACGCCACUUCCGCUCCCGGGAAGGGCAGGAACUAUAUCUCCCAGCCUGCCCCGCAGGCCGCUUCCGCCCUCUUCAGCUCAGGUAAGGGAGGGUUACAGCAGCUGUUCUCCUCCUCCUCCCUGUCAACGUCACUUCCGCUCGCUGCAGAGUCCGGAACUACAUCUGCCAGACUACUCCGGGGGGGUGCUUCCGCCCUCUCCAGUCCAGGGGCUGGUGACCUGCGAGGAGGUGGCUGUAUAUUUCACCAGGGAAGAGGGGGCUCUGCUGGACCCCACUCAGAGAACUCUCUACAGAGACAUCAUGCAGGAGAACUAUGAGUAUGUGACCUCGCUGGGGUUUCCAGUUUCCCAACCUAAUAUGGUGUCCCAGCUGGAACAAGGGGAAGAGUCAUGGGUCCCAGACCUCCAGGGUUCAGAGGAAAGAGAGAUCCUGAGAGCUUCCUGCACAGCAGGUGAUGCAAUGCUUUGUGAGAAGGAGGAGCAGAAUUCUCAGCAGGAAAAUAUUGAGCAAGUAGAAAAACACAGAGCAUUAUCGCAACAAUCAAAAAGGAAUGUGUCCAGGGAUUAUGAGCAGGGAAAAUCCUGUGAAAUUCAGCACAGACCAGAAACAGAGCAGGGAAACCAGCCAGGGGAGAAAGCGGGUAAAUUUAUUUCCUGUUGGGGAACUCAAAAGGGCCUCAAGGAAACCACAGCACAGCAGGAAAUCCUCAGGAGAAAGAGAAAAAAUACAUGCACUGAGUGUGGGAAAAACUUCAUUCACAAAUCAAGCCUUUCUGUUCAUCUGAGAAUCCACACGGGGGAGAGGCCCUACGAAUGCCGUGAGUGUGGAAAAUGCUUCACUAGCAGCUCAUACCUUUCUAAACAUCAGAGGAUCCACACAGAUGACAGGCCCUACGAAUGCAGAGAGUGUGGGAAAAGAUUCACUCGCAGAUCAGGCCUUUUUCAACAUCAGAGAAUCCACACAAGGGAGAGGCCCUAUGAAUGCAGUGAGUGUGGGAAAACCUUCAAUCGCAACUCGCAUCUUCUUAGUCAUCAGAGAAUCCACACAGGAGAGAGGCCCUACGGAUGCAGUGAAUGUGGGAAAAACUUCACUCAAAGAUCAAGCCUUUCUCACCAUCAGAAAAUCCACACAGGGGAGAGGCCCUACGAAUGCAGUGAAUGUGGGGAAAGCUUCACUCAAAGAUCAAGCCUUUCUCACCAUCAGAAAAUCCACACAGGGGAGAGGCCCUACGAAUGUGGUGAGUGUGAAAAAUGCUUCACUAGCAGCUCAGCCCUUUCUAUUCAUCAGAGAAUCCACACAGGGGAGAGGCCCUACAAAUGCAGUGAGUGUGGGGAAAGCUUCACUCACAGAUCUGGCCUUUUUCACCAUCAGAGAAUCCACACAGGGGAGAGGCCCUAUGAAUGUCAUGAGUGUGGGAAAACCUUCAAUCGCAGCUCGCACCUUAUUAGUCAUCAGAAAAUCCACACAGGGGAGAGGCCCUAUAAAUGCAGAGAGUGUGGGAAAAACUUCAUUCACCGAUCAGCUCUUUCUGUUCAUCAGAGAAUCCACACAGGGGAGAGACCCUAUGAAUGCAGUGAGUGUGGGAAAACCUUCAGUCAAUGCUCAAGCCUUAUUAGUCAUCAGAGUAUCCACACAGGAGAGAGGCCCUAUGAAUGCAGUGAGUGUGGGAAAAACUUCACUCGCAGAUCAGCCCUUUGUGAACAUCAGAGACUCCACACAGGGGAGAGGCCCUAUGAAUGCAGUGAGUGUGGAAAAAGCUUCACUCAAAGAUCAGCCCUUUCUGUUCAUCAAAGAAUCCACACAGGUGAGAGGCCCUACAAAUGCAGUGAGUGUGGAAAAUGCUUCACUAGCAGCUCAGACCUUUCUAAACAUCAGCGAGUCCACACAGGGGAGAGGCCCUAUGAAUGCAGUGAGUGUGGGAAUACUUUCUCUUGGCACUCAGCCCAUGUUAGCCAUCAGAGAAUCUGCAAGGGAGAUCAACACCAUAAAAACCUCUAGGGCUAUCACUACCUUUUUUUUCUUUAAUACUUUUCCUGAUUCCCACAUAGUAACUUUUAAAGCUGUUUGAACUGUUUUCAGUACGGUUAACCCUCAGCUUGUCCAGAUGAGUGGCCCAUUCUUGCCUUCUGCAGUUUGCCCUCUCUUGAGGUGGACCUAUUUGUUCUUUGUAUUGUCCCACGAGUAAUUUGAGUGUACUCUUCCUAUCAGGAACCAGGGAGCAUCACAUGUAUACCAUUCCUCCUAUUGCAAAGUUAUUGUUAGAGCCACCAAUGAUGCAGAUUUUAUCAUUGCCAGUCGUUCUCACGUUGCCCUGGGUUUUGCUAAAGAGCAGCUAUUAUUGGGAACCUAUCAAAUUAUAUGUAAAUGAAGAGGAGCAGGGGCAGCCUCUCUGACACUGGAGGGAGACAGGGUAACUCAGAGAUUACCUUCUUCCCCAUCACUGCAGAACUCUUACCUUUUGCCUGAGCCAUGUAGAGUUUAUAUUCAUCACAUUCUAUCCAUCUGCUUCUCAAACUGUCAUGUGAUGAAGCAUUCUCCAUUGUCUGUGCUUGGAGAUGAUGCUUUGACUUCUUUAAUCCUAUAUCAGAGUCAUUAUGACUAGAGAGGAAAGUGUCAAAGACCUGGGAGGGGAAUUCAAAUGGAUCCCAAACACAGUGUGGUUAUUGGGAGUUUAAAUCCCAAGAUCCAUCUAUUGGUAAAGCCACUUCUGGCAAGGGGGCUGUUUCCCCCUCAUUAUGUGGGUGCUCUGAUACUAAAAAAAAUUCUAAAUAACAUAACUGACUAUUGAGACAGUGCUGAGUGAAGCAGGUUUGAAUGGAUCAGAGGAGAAUGUGAUGGGAGAAUCUCUUGUCCUGAUUCUGAAAACUCAGAUGUAACCUGCUCUGGAAUUUCACUUGACACUUCCAUUGUCAUGUAUUCUAUCUCUCUGUGAUGUGGGUUUCUAUCUUUCCUGAAGGCUGUUUGGUCACCUAAUUGGAUAUUAGUUCAGUUUCAUAGGAUGUAGCUCAGAUUUAUUGGAGAAUUUAAGACACAUGACCAUUUGCUAAAGUCCAUCAUUUCUCACUUCAGCUUUGCUUUUUCUCCAUCCCUCCUUGAUGACAUGGAGAAAGCUCUGUCAACAAGAGAGAACUCUCCAAGUUACUGGAUAUGCUAACAAAGAAACAGCAGUGAUUUAAAAUUUCCAUUCGGAAAUGGUGAACAACAGCCGAACCCCAACUAACUGAAGGAAGUGUAUAUGAGCACAGUGUAGUUCGCUUGUUUAAGGCAAUAUUGUCUCAGAUGAUCUGGGGAGAGAAUUCCAUAUUAAGUGAUUUUGAAGUAGGGAAAAUGCCCAUGAUUUGGUUCCCAAAGCAUUUGUAACCCAGGCCCUACAGAAGGUCUGUCCUAGCUAAUCCUAUGAUAUGGGAAAUGCUGCCCUUCGUGGCACAGAUGUUGAGAAAAUAGAAACGGGGUUUUUGUUGAAUUCACCAUUUGUAGGUGCUAAAAACGUGUAUAAAAUUAAAUCAGUGUUGAAAAUGUAAUAGCUUCAGAAAAAUAGAUAUUCUUGAAUAGAAACGCCAGCUCUGGUAACUAAUAGAGAUUCUGAUCCAGGCCUGGAUCCAGUCCCUUGCCUGGACCUGUGCCACCGAAUUAAAGAAAAGCUGGGCAUGUUUCAGAAAGCCAUUUCUCACUAACACUGCUGAGAUUUUGAGUGAUUUUGUAAAGGAUUCCACUUCAGAGAAGUGUAAAUUUACCCUAACCAAGGCCAAAGAUUUGGAAAGAACUGGGGUUGAAAGAGUCCACACCCAGUUCUUGGCUUCCACCCCCGUAAAGGAAGUUAUAGUGACCAAUGACCCAAGGAAAAUUGUUUGUACCACUCCACUUCCUAGUUCAGUGUCCCUGAUGACAGUUCCAAAGGAUGCCAGGGUUAGAUAGAGAACAAACAUCCUUUAUCGUUUGGAUCCAAACCCUGGAAAAACACUCUGGGUCCAUUCACCAAGGAGAUCCCUAACAACCAGUGAUGCUUCAUCAAAGGCAAUCACUGCAAUAGACUGAAGUGUGAGGUGAGAAUCUACUUAGAUAGGGAAAGAUAACUAUUAAAAAGUGUAGGUUGCGUUUUGUAAUUUUGUUCUGUUGGGUAACGGUUGGUUUCCAUCAUGCAUGUUUGUUUCUGUUUAAAUUUCUAUCCCUUUUUAAAUAAAUUUCCAUUUGUUCGAUAA